AUGGCUCCCAGCUUCAUUCUGACCCUUUCGGGUCCCGAUCGCCCCGGCAUCGUGCACGCCGUGACGGGCUUCCUUGUCCAGCACAACCUCAACAUCAUUGAUUCGUCACAAUUCGGCGAUCUUACCUCUCAACGCUUCUUCAUGCGCAUGCAGUUUGCGCCUGCUACAGGUAGCGAAGAGGUGCCAGACAUCGAGAAGCUGCAUGCCGCCUUCGAGCCUACGGCGCAAUCCUUCUCGAUGGACUUUGAGAUCCACCCCACCACACAGAAGCCUCGCGUGCUCAUCAUGGUCUCCAAGAUCGGCCACUGCCUGAACGACCUUCUUUUCCGCCAGUCCACCGGCCAGCUGAACAUUGAGGUUCCUCUGAUCAUCUCCAACCACCCCGACUUUGAGGCCCUCGCGGCCACUUACAAGAUUCCCUUCCUCCAUCUCCCCGUGACUGCCGAUACCAAGGCUCAGCAGGAGGCCAAGGUCCUGGAGUUGGUGCGUGAGCACAACAUUGAUCUGGUCGUGCUAGCCCGCUACAUGCAGGUCUUGUCCCCGAAGCUGUGCGAGGCCAUGUCCGGGCGCAUCAUCAACAUUCACCACAGCUUCCUGCCCUCUUUCAAGGGGGCCAAGCCUUACCACCAAGCCUAUGACCGCGGCGUGAAGAUCAUCGGGGCCACUGCCCAUUUCGUCACCAGUGAUCUUGACGAGGGCCCCAUCAUCGAACAAAACGUCGUCCGGGUUAACCACGGCAUGAGCCCCAAGGAGCUGACUCACGCCGGUAGCAACGUCGAAAGUAACGUGCUCGCCACGGCCGUGAAGUACGUUACCGAGCGGCGCGUAUUGCUCAAUGGACAUAAGACCGUUGUGUUCAACUAA